GUGUAGACAACUUGUUUUGUGUAUGGUGCCUUAUAUUGAGGCUAACGCCGUUUUCUAUCACAAUUUCUGCGAAACACGACAUACAGCAUGACCCGACUACUCUGCAUUCUCCCAUUCGCCGCCUACCUCUCGUACGUGGCUGGGGCCAGUGGAGCGUGCGAGUCAGAUGUCGUCAACAAUAUCCAGACUUCACGUAAGGGAAUUGACGACUCGCCUUUUCUGAAUAUUUUAGGAGACUAUGAUGUUGUGUAUGUCAGCGGAAGUUCGUCAGCUCCUGCGGGAUUUACAAACGAUACUUGUCAAUUUUCUACUUUCUACAAAGAUUCCGAUGGGAAUCAAAGAUCCUCUCACAACGGAGUUCUAAAAGGAUCGUACAUUCUAGGCUAUAAGGAUGGCAAAGAGUUGGUCAUAGACCCAAACACUGGUGAUGUUCUGAGGUACACAUACGUCGUCUACCAUUCACCUGACUACUCAGUGUGUGCGUGCUAUUCAUGCAGUGUCAGUGGUGCAAACGUAUCGGCAGGUUCGGUGUUAGUUAACAAGGGUGUUCUAAAAGCUUCUUGCACAUCUAAGCUAGUGAAUGCAGCAAAACAGGCUCUGGCAAAGGUUGGACUCAAGUAUGGAACAUCUCUCACAGCCUGUUACAAUUAAGGAGAAGAACCCAGACAGAACACACCAUAGUGUUCACUCUUUUAUGGCAAUACAUAUUCAAAAUUAAA